CAUCCAAGCGGAGGGAAUGCAAACCAAGGCCUAACACCGCAUGCCGCUCUGUCAAACGCUCUCGACCACAAAAACAACUACGCCUCAGACGUAUGAAAGACAUAUAACAAGAGCCUCAGAACUUUAAACCUCAGCGUUCAGCAAAAUCCGCCAAUAUGUCGUGGGCAGGAUUCAAGAAGAAUGUCAAUCGGGCGACCACCCAGGUCAUGAUGAAGACUGGUCACGUCGAGAAGACAAACGACCGCGAUUAUGAAGUGGAGGAGAGACGAUACCGCACAAUGGAAGCCGCAUCACUGCGAUUGCAAAAGGAGGCAAAAGGAUAUUUAGACUCGCUACGAGCUAUGACGAGAUCCCAGAUGGCGAUUGCGGAGACGAUCGACGCAUUCUACGGCGAUUCCGGAGCAAACGAUGGAGUGAGCAGAAGCUACAAGCAAGCAGUGGCAGAUUUAGACGCGGAGACGAUCAAAGCUUUAGACGGACCAUAUCGAACCACUGUUCUCGAGCCGAUCUCAAGGUUCUGCGCCUACUUCCCCGACAUCAACGAAUGCAUCAAGAAACGCAACCACAAGCUCCUCGACUACGACGCGAUGCGCGCCAAGGUCAAGAAGCUAGUCGAGAAGCCCGACAAGGACGCCUCGAAGCUCCCCCGCGCCGAAAAGGAAGCCGACAUGGCCAAAGUCGCCUACGAGCAGCUCAACGAACGGCUCUUCACCGAGCUCCCCCAGCUCAUCGACCUGCGCGUCCCCUACCUCGACCCCUCCUUCGAAGCGCUGGUCAAGAUCCAGCUGCGCUUCUGCGCCGAGGCCUACUCGCGCAUGGCGCAGGUGCAGCAGUACCUUGAUGCCGAGACGAGGGAUCAGUAUGCGGAGGGUCAUCUGGAUACGCGGGUCGAGCAGGUGUUGCAGGAGAUUCGGGAGCUGAGCAUUAGCGGGACUGUUUGAGUGGGUUGGGUGGGGGAGCGUG